AUGAAGAACCUCUGGUCGGAUAGUGAAGCCCAGUCCCUGGAUGAACUGGACAAGCUCGUAUACAUGAGCCGCCUGAUCGGCGCAGACCCUUCCCUGGUGGUAUGGGGCGGCGGCAAUACCUCAAUCAAGGUCACCGAGAAAGAUUUCCUGGGCCGCGACGUUGAGGUAAUGCGCAUCAAGGGUUCCGGCUCUGACCUGAAGUCCAUGGAACGCUGGCAGUUCCCUCGCCUCGAACUGGAAAAGGUGCUGCCCGUCUUCGAGCGGGAACAGAUGUCAGACGAAGGUAUGGUGGAGUACCUGGACCGCUGCGUCCUGGACCCUAAUUCCCCUCGUCCCUCCAUCGAGACCCUGCUUCACGCCUUCCUGCCCUUUCACAGCGUCGCCCACUCUCACGCCGAUGCCGUAGUGGGACUGACCAACAAUAAGGACGCCGACGACAUCCUGAAGAGGGUAUAUGGCGAUAAUAUCGGCAUCGUCGAAUACCUCCGGCCUGGAUUUCAACUAUCGAGGCUGGUUGGCCUGGCGGUAAAAGAGGCGCCUCGCUUGGACGGUGUAGUGCUCCUGAAUCACGGCCUUUUUACUUGGGGAAACGACGCAAAGGAAGCCUACGACCGGCACAUUGACCUGGUUACCAAGGCUGAGGAAUUUGCCGCGUCCGGUGAUGGCAAGCUCUCCGGUGGCCGGCAGCGCAAUCCCCUGGCACCGGACCGGCGCAGGGAAAUCGCGGCCGCCGUUGCUCCUACUCUUCGGGGACUGGUCAGCCAGCAGCGCCGUUCGGUCCUGCGCUACGACGACGCCGAGGACGUGUUGGAAUUCAUCGGCUCUGAAGAGGGCCAGCGACUCAGUGCCAUUGGUCCAGCCACGCCCGACCACCUGAUUCACACCAAGCGAAGGCCACUGUGGCUGGAAGUUUCCGACCCCGAAAAUGUUGAUGCGGUGAAGGAAGCGAUGCGCCAGGGCAUGACCGGCUAUGCCGAGGAAUACGCCGCCUGGUACCAGCAGCACACCACCGGCGACGACUCCAUGCUGGACCCGUAUCCCCGCGUAAUACUGUUGCCCGGCGUGGGUAUGUGGACGACGGGCCGGGACUCCCGUGCCUCCCUGAUAACCGACGACAUUUACCACCACACGAUCAACGUACUCCGCACCGCCCAGUCGGUCAGCGAUUACACUUCCCUGACUCCCAAAGACGCCUAUGACGCGGAGUACUGGCCGCUGGAGCUAUACAAGCUAACAUUGGCGCCGCCGGAGAAAGAGUUGGCCCGUCAGGUUGCGCUGGUAACCGGAGCGGCCAGCGGCAUCGGCAAGGUUAUCGCCGAGAGACUCGCGUCGGAAGGUGCUCACAUCAUUGUCACCGACCUUGAUGCGGAGGGAGCCCAGGACGUGGCCGCCGGCAUCAACCGUUCCAACGGAGCAGAGCGGGCCGCCGCCUUCCCCAUGAAUGUCGCCGACCCUGCUCAGGUCUCCGAGGUCUUCCGGUACCUGCGCCGCACCUACGGCGGGUUGGAUAUCCUGGUAUCCAACGCCGGCAUUGCGCCCGUGGGGGCCAUAGACGAAUUGUCCCUGGCCGACUGGCAGCGCUCCCUGGACAUCAAUACCACCGGCCAUUUCCUGGUGUCCGCUGAAGCCGUCAGACUGAUGAAGGAGCAGGGCAUUGGCGGGAGCCUGGUAUUUAUCGGCACUAAGAAUGUUCCGGCCCCCGGCGCGGAAUUCGGCGCCUACAGCGUAGCCAAGGCAGCCGAGGUACAACUGGCCCGAGUUUUGGCUUUGGAAACCGGCCAGUACGGCAUUCGUGUCAAUGUGGUCAAUCCCGAUGCCAUAUUCCAGGGUUCCCAACUCUGGUCUCAAGAGUUGCGGGAGGAACGGGCCUCCGCCCAUGGCGUUACCGUGGAAGGACUGGAGGACUUCUACCGGCAGCGCAAUCUGUUGAAAGUUCGAGUCCUUGCCGAAGACGUUGCGGAAACUGUGCUUUUCCUGGCCUCCAGUCGUUCCGCCAAGACUACCGGCGCAAUGAUCCCAGUGGACGGCGGCGUACGGGAGGCAUUCCCCAGGUAG